AACGAUAUUAUACGCGUCGGCGAGAUAUCGAAUAAUAAUAACAUUUAAAAUAUCAUAUACUUUUACGUACGACGAGCGAGCGAGAUCGCGUUCAUCGCCUAGUCCGAGUUCACGUGCAAUUUUGUUCCGUUUCAGCUUGCUAAUCGUACAUGACGUGUCCAUAUACGUACCGAAUAAUUUAGUAUUAUACAUUUAUAACACUGCUGCACCAUGUCCGUCUACCCCAUACAGCACGUGCCGAUCGUGAAGUCAAAGAGACCCGAGAACUCCGGGUUUUACAAUGACUUCCGUCCGUCGUCUCUCUAUUCCGUUUUGUAUCCUUCGCCGAAUUCUUUCGGUAUGUUCAAACCACGUGGGAUAUACAAACCCCUGGACAGACUAAUGAGAUAUGAAGGAAACACAGAUGGUACACCUAGAUACCACCCAAGUUUAUCUAUUUUCAAGGGUCCGGCAAAAAAACCUCCCGCAUUUCAAAAAGCAGUUAUAAAUAAUCAAAAAAGAUACAGAAAAAAUAUUCUGAAUUACAAAUACUAUGCCAUUUUUAGUAUGAGUGCAUCUGAAGAUUUCUGCGCAGGAUUCUUCUUAAACGCCUAUCAAAAAGUCCCAGAGAAGCUAAUUCAUGGAUCAUACGAAGCAUUAAAAGGAGGUAGCACAUGUGAGGCUAUGGAGGAUUUCACUGGUGGUGUAUCAGAAAUGUAUGAAUUAAAUGAAGCUCCACCCAAUUUGUUCAUGAUUAUGUUAAAAGCUUUUCAACGUCAAUCACUAAUGGGAUGUUCUAUUGAGGCUGACCCAAGCGUAACUGAGAUGGAAACCCCACAAGGAUUGGUUAAAGGUCAUGCGUACAGUAUAACUAGGGUAACAUAUGUUGAUAUUACAACUCCAAAUACUACUGGUAAAAUACCUCUGCUCAGACUUCGAAAUCCAUGGGGCAAUGAAGCAGAAUGGAAUGGCCCGUGGAGUGAUAAAUCAGCUGAGUGGAGGUUUAUAUCUGAGUCUGACAAACAAUCAUUAGGUUUGAUAUUUGAUGCUGAUGGUGAGUUUUGGAUGUCAUACAAAGAUUUUGUCAAAUUUUUCUCUCGRUUGGAAAUCUGCAAUUUGAAUCCUGAUUUGCUAACCAAAGAACAACUUGGUGAAGACUCCAAUAAAAGAUGGGAAACGAGUGUGUUUGAAGGUGAAUGGGUCCGAGGUGCUACUGCUGGUGGAUGUCGUAAUUUUCUAGAAACAUUUGCAAGUAACCCACAGUAUCGUAUUACAUUAGAAGAUCCUGAUGAAGAGGAUGAAGAGCGUAAGUGUACCGUAAUCAUUGCUUUGAUGCAAAAAAAUAGACGUGCCCAACGAAAGAUAGGAGCUGAAUGCUUAACAAUUGGAUUUGCUGUAUAUCAGCUCAUCAACCCAGACUCUUUACCAAAACCACUUGACACAAAUUUUUUUAAGUAUAAUGCGUCUAUUGCAAGAAGCCCUACUUUUAUUAACUUACGAGAAAUCAGUAGUCGAUUCAGUCUACCACCUGGUACAUAUUGUAUUGUGCCUUCUACUUUUGACCCAAAUGACCAAGGUGAAUUUUUACUUAGAGUAUUCUCAGAGCAUGAAAAUAACAUGGCGGAGCUGGAUGAUGAAGUAGGAAUGGGUGAAGUCGAUGUGAAGAUUAAAGAACAAGAGCCUGAGCCUGAUAAAGUUGAUAAAGCUAAUGAGAAAAUUAAAGAAUUCUUCCUUAAAUUGGCUGGUGCUGACCAAGAAGUCGAUUGGAUGGAACUUAAAGAUAUUUUGGAUUAUGCUAUGAGAAACGAUGUGGCAAGUAAUACAACUGCUGGAGAUAAUCUCCUUGUCAACUUACUUCAGACAUUCUGUGAGUCUUUCUGUCAGGGAUCGCCUUUAGCCUCUACAUUCAAAAUGGAAAAAGCAGGAUUCUCUAAAGAUGUAUGUCGUAGCAUGAUUGCUAUGAUGGAUUGGGAUCGAUCGGGUAAACUUGGUUUUGAAGAAUUCAAAAGUCUGUGGAUUGAUAUUAGACAGUGGAAGACUGUCUUUAAAAUGUACGAUAAAGAGAGCAAGGGUUUC